AUGCUGCGGAUGAAUCUCACAAUGGGCAACCCGAGGCGACAAGAGCGCGCAAUGCAGAACUCUGAGAUUGAUGGCGGGCACGGACAGCAGUCACAUCGCACUGCGGCCGGACACACGGCGUCGCAAGGAGUCGCCGUGCACCGCACUGCACCACGCUGCACUGCACGGCUGCAGGGACGGGCCGAACAGAGGCGCUCUGGCGACACUGGGACAGAGGAUGAGCGUCAGACGAAAAAGCACCGUGUCAAGAAUCCCAUACUUACUCGUCAUAGGCAGGCCUAUAGUGAAUUAUUCCGUUGUGUGCCGGGCACCCAAGCCGUGUCCUUGGAGAGAGGCCUGCAGCGACACGUGCAGACGUGGCGUGACCGUCUGCAGGGGGUGUGGAGCGCCGCUGCAGGCAAAGGCGCAGCCAAAGGCUCCCUCCAGGCGAGGGCGACGCUCGGUGAUUUAGACGCGGGCGCCCGUAAUUACGGGCCGGGCGGAAAUUUACGGGGCUGCCUCAGGAGCGAGGAGCCGGUGCAGAAGAAGGGCGAGUGGAAAGAGGCGACAAUAAACAAGCGGAAGAACACGGCGGCGAUGCCAGGCGACAGGUCCGUCGCGAAACUCGCCUGUCAAGAGGUGCGAAUACUUCGCUCCGGCAACGGAACAGUGGCAGCGCUAGAAGCAGAUAGAUUUCUCAGAGGACGACAUCGUCAUGCGCGGCCGCGGCUGAGCAUGUCGGGCUCGGACGAGCGCCAGGCCCGCUCGGUCGCGCUGGAGAGGGCGUACGUGCACGACGUGUACGAGCAGAUCUCGGCCGCCACCCACCUCCCAGGGGAGGCGCCGCGCGGCCGGGCCUGGCCCAAGGUCAAGCAGUUCCUUGCUGAGCUCGAGCCUGGCUCCCUCGUCUGCGACGUAGGUUGUGGAAACGGGAAGUACCUGGGGGUCAACCCCCUGGUGUUCAAGGUGGGGGUCGACCGGUGCUGCAGUCUGGCCGAAGUGGCGCGGGAGAAGGACCACGAGGUGCUGAUGUGCGACAACCUGUCGCUGCCGUUCCGGGACGAGAGCUUCGACGCGGUGCUGUCGGUGGCCGUGGUGCACCACUUCGCCACCACGGAGCGCCGCGUGGGGGCGCUGCGAGAGCUGGCGCGCGUGCUGCGCAUCGGCGGCCGCCUCAUCAUCUCCGUCUGGGCCAUGGAGCAGCGCCACCGCAAGUUCGAGUCCCAGGACGUGCUGGUGCCGUGGCACCGGCCGCAGCAGCUGAGCACGCCCUCGCUGGAGCUGACGUCGACGACGACGACGACGACGUCCGAGGAGGAGGAGGGUCCGCCGCCCUACCACGCCUACACUCAGACCUCGGACAGCGACUCCUGCCGAUCGCACAGUAGUAAAGGAGUUUUGCUAUUUCCUCGGCGGCGCGGCAGGACUCGGCACAAGGGGCGCUCCAUCGACCCCGCGGCGCCCAGCUCCUCGCCCAGCUCCUCUAGCCUCUCCAGCCCCAACGAGACCUGCUACAGCUUCGUCCGCAGGGCGCUACAGAAGCUGGCAGGCGGCAAGCGCAGCGGCUCGAGCAGCCGGCCCUGGUUCCUGGACUCGUGGAGUUCGUGCACCAAAGAGUCGCCGGCGGGCACGGGCCAGCGGUGCUGUGAGGAGUGUGGGCAGCCGGACUGCGCGGGGGCGAACAACGACGCCGCAGAGGACAUCCAGCCGGAGGUGGCGCCCCAGCGGCGGCAGACGCUGGCCUGCGCGCGCCGCCCCCACCUCGCGGCGUCCGGAGCCCUCGCCCACCUGCCACCGCCCCCGCAGCUCAACUACAAGUCCAAGAGCCUCAGCGACAUCCUCACCGUGGGGCAGCGCGGCAUCGUCAGGUCGCGGUCGAGCGUGCCCAGCCUGGCGGCGGGCGACUGCGCGCUGUCGCUGUCGCUGCCCGCGGGCGGCGGGCGGGCCUCCCUGGCCAAGCCGCGUCUCGUCAAGCAGAAGCAGUCGCUGUGCGACGACGAGGCGCGCGAGGAGGCCGAGGAGGGCGAGGACCCCAGCGACCUGCGCGACCUCGUCAAGGCGCUGCCCGAGUUCAAGGUGUCGGCGGGCGGGGUGCGGCGCUGCGGGAACGUGUUCAAGCAGAGCUCGAUGAAUGAGGAGCUGAUGAUGUCGACGGAGCGGCUGCGCGAGAAGGAGCGCGUGCGGCAGAACAUCCAGAAGCAGGCGUCGCUCAACGAGGAGCUCAUCUACCGCCGCCACCGCACGCUCGACUCGCUGCGUGACACCUUCUUCUCCACGUCCACCGCCAAGCGCUUCCAGCUGCUCAAGAACGGGCUCACCAGCAAGAUCAAGAGCUCCACCACCGGCAUCGAGAAGGUGGCCGGGUCGUCCUUCAAGAACGGCUUCGUGCGGAUCCUGCAAGGCUGGAAGGGCGGCGAAGCGAUGGGCGGCGUGAACAACAGCAACUGCUGCGAGCCGUCCAGCCGGCCGGGCGAGCGGCGGCACUCCAGGGAGGACGGCUCCGACUCGUCCAAAGACUCCAGCCUGCAGAGCGACACCAGCGUCGACUCGGAGGACAGCUUCGCGUCCGUCAUCUACGUGCCCAAGUCUGACCAGCAGCAGCAGCCGCAGCGCCUGCGGCAGGUGCAGGAGAUGCUCCGGACGCGAAUCACGCCUCUGGCGUCGCGAUCAUCAGGCGGGGGCUCGUCGCGGCCCAUGUUCCCGCUGGUGCGGCGAUCGUCGACGGCGGGCACUGGGGCCAGGCCGGAGCCGCUGGCGCGCCCGCUGCCUCGCCUACUCUCGCUGGAGCUCUUCAACCCAGAGACGGACGACAUGGACAGCGACUCCAGCGGCGUCUCCUCCCCGGACUCCGUGAGCUCCGUCAUCAGCGUCCUCACCGAGGAACCCGCCCAGCCGGCAGACGAUGCAGCAGGGGCGGUGCGCAGCAGCGCUGACAGUGCGCCAGCCACCUCCGACGUGCAUCCCCACCCCCGGACACCGUCGCCGCCCCCGCCGGCGCCCACGCUCCAGCCACCGCCAGCCCCGCCGCCUACGCUCCCCGCAGAGGACGAGCUGGCGGCCCCCGUGGCGGCCGCAGCCGCCUCCCCGUCGUCGCUGAGCCUGCUGGAGGCUGCGGCGGACGUGGCCAGCUCGCUGGAAGACGCGGUCGACGCCGUCAUCCAGUCGAGCCCGCGCGCGCGCCGCCGCAAGCUCGACGACCCGCUGGCGCUGAUCCACGGCUGGGGUGGCGCCGGCGCCGGCGGCAGCGGGGGCGGCAGCAGCGCCACCGGCAGCCGCCGCGUCAGCCCCCGACGCGAGGCGCCUUCCGCCCCCGCCGCCACCGGCUGGCCGGCGGAGGGCGGCGACGAGAGCUGCCGGCAGCACCUGGCGGACUUUGCGGAGAAGCUGAGCGAGAAGCUGCUCGAGGAGAUCGACCAGUACCGCGCCGAACGCAGCCGACCCGCGUCUCCACCCCCGCCUCUACCCCCGCGUCCGGGCUCUCCGCCCCCACCGCCGCCCCCGGUGGAGGCGUUCCUGCCCCCUGGCGCGGCCGCCUACAGGGACGACCCCUACCUGUCGCGGCUCAGUGAGGAGCUGCACGACCUCAGCCGGCUCAGCGAAGAGUUACACGAGCGCAACUCCUUCAUCGCCAGCCUCAACGAGAGCUCCGACCGGAGGAUCCUCGAAGAUCUGAAGAACUUCAGCUGGGAGGCGAGCAGGCGGCACCGCUCCGCGACACUCGCGGGCACCCCGGAGGCCGACGGGCGGCGAGAGGGCGCCGCGCCGGAACCGGAGACCCGGCGCCGUGACGGCGGGCCCGUCUCCGAGGACGUGGCGCUCGAGUCCUACUCGAGACAGACGAGCGCCGACCUGACGGACGAGCUGGAGGACGAGGAGGAGGAAUUGCGCUCCGGCCUCUCUCUCGAGUCGAGCAGCGACGCGAGUGACGGGCUGCCCACGGCGAGCACCGCGUCGCUCAGUGACGGCAGCGGGGGCAGAGGGCGUGUCGGGGGGGCGUCUUCGUCCGAGGAGGCGCUGCCGCCCCCGCCGCCCCCGGAAGACCUCCCGAAGACGGAGUCGUGCGCCUCGUCGCUGAGCGGCUCGACGUCGCAGGAGUCGCUGCCGUCGGACGGCGGGGGCGCCAUCACCUUCCACCGCUACUACCACGUGUUCCGCGAGGGCGAGCUGGACCAGCUCAUUGAGCGAUACGUCGAAAACUUGCACAUCAUCUCGUCCUAUUACGACCACGCCAACUGGUGUGUAGUGGCGGAGAAGGUCCAGGUGUGGACUAUCUGA